ACCAGGCAAGUCAGUUAAGAACAAAUUCUUAUUUUCAAUGACGGCCUAGGAACAGUGGGUUAACUGCCUGUUCAGGGGCAGAACGACAGAUUUGUACCUUGUCAGCUCGGGGGUUUGAACUCCUCCCCUAGAUGAAGGGGAGGAGAUGGGUUAAAGGGGGAUUUUUAAACCUUGAGAUGAUUGAGACAUGGAUUGUGUGUGUUCCAUUCAGAGGGUGAAUGGCAGGACAAAAUAUUGAGUGCCUUUGAACUGAUAUGGUGUUGCUGCGCUAGGCGCACCUGUUCUUCGUGUUUUGUACAAUCAGUGUAUAUUUUUCACAUUGAUGCCGUUUAUUUUUGUAAUCGCCAACGUUAUUGUAGGGUUAAGUGGUGACUUGAAAUUAAAACAACAAGGGUGACGAAUAGGCUAUGGGCUAUUGCCUAAUGUAAAUUAUAAGAUUAUGAAACCAGCCAUGAUGAGUGGCUACACUUGUUGCGGUCAUGUGACGAAGCAUUAACGGGUCAAAUGGAGAGUGAGCGCGCCCUGCAUUCUAUGUGACGUUAAACUGCUGUACAAUCACCUCAGUUUUGGAUCCGUGCGUGUCUAGGUUACUCAGCCUAAACCACAACUAGUCUCUGAUGUUUUAAGCUAUGACUGAAUGUUUUGGGAACGACAUAUAUAUAUAUAUAUAUAUAUACAUAUUCUACAAUUGGGUUAAGUCUUAGAAUAAAGAAAAAAUGUUACAUUUCGUCUUGCAAGAUGUCUCAAACAACACGGAGCAAAACACAACAACGCCUGAGGACUGGACUGUUGUGUACUUUGCAGUCAGGUGGAUCCAGAUGACUAUGGCAGUACUGAGCAUUGUCGGUUCAGGUUCCAUAAUUGUUUAUGCAACUUUCCAACACCUUAUAAGGACACCUGAGAUCCAGCCAUUGUUCUUACUGAGUGUGACAGACUUGCUGCUGGCAGUCAGCUGGCUGGUAGGAGCAGUACUGUUCACCCAGGACUGUGAUAGCCAUGCCACCUGCUACAACCUACACAUCGUUGAACAGAUCCUGUAUAUGACCUCGUUCUUCUACACAUUGAACUAUGUAUGGACCCUGUACUCUGGGCUAAAUAACAGAUUCUACAGUAGCCUUCAUGGAUACCCAGCCCAAUGCGCCACCAAACUGAGAAGUUUCAGCAAGAUUGCUGCAGUCCUGUCAUGUGUACUCCCCGUGCUGCUGAUGCUGCCAGUGUUUGUAACAGGAAACAUGGACCACUGUUACACAAACUUCAGCCAGCCUUACAAGUGCCUUCUAAUGCACACGGAGGCACUCUUCAUGUCCACUGACUUGAGCAAGAUGGAGGUGGACUCAGCUUGCCGCCUGGGACACAUGUACAGUAUUGCUGUCUUCCUGGCAGUGUUCCUCCUCACCUUUGUUGGCAUUGUGGUGCUCAUGGGAAAAGCCCGCACUGUUUACAGACGUUGUGUGAGUUCUAGCGGUUUCCUUGGCGACAGGCAGUGGGCGUCGCUUCGUGUUCUGGACCGACACAUGCUCCUCUACCCCUCUGUCUUCUUCUUCUGUUGGGGCCCAGUGUUCCUGGCAGCCAUGAUUCUGUACAACCCCAAAUCAGUGGAGGGAGUUGUGGGCGUCAUUCUCUACAUCUUACAGGCCUUCACCUCAUCCUCUCAAGGCCUUCUGAACUGUGUGGUGUACGGCUGGACACAGACACACUUCCGCUCAGCUAGCAAAGAUGCUCUAAGGGACAUGGACACUCAGACGCCACUUCUGAGAUCUCAGAAGAAAGGCUAUAAAACUCUAUGGUCAACACCAUCCCCCAAACCAGAUGAUAUAGAAGGAUCUGGUAUUCUACCGACACCACAUUAACUUACUAUGGUGGUUGUGACACUGGCAAAAGAAAUGAAACAAAGCCUUUUGUGCCAGACUGGGAGUGACGGUUUGGUUUUGAAUCUUGGGGACAGUACCUUGGGAAGCACCUGUUAUACCAAUGAAGCAAGAACACCCUCGGCUGUACACAAGGGACAGCAGGGUCCAACCAGACAGAGGCUGAACUGCUGAGGCGUAGAAAAGGGAAGAACCAGGGAAUUUACAAGGAGAGGAAGAGCAGCUCUGAAACAGGAUCUGAGAGCUCUGUACUUUCAUAGGAAUCAGAGUCACUCCCUCCCUCACUUGUUCUGACUGCAUCGCUCGUGCAAACAUUGUCUCUACAUUAGUGUUUAGAAUUUCCCACAGUAGUUGGGGACAGCCGAGGAUAUUUGUGAAAGGCUUUGUAACUGACUGGCAUGUCUUUGAUUUAGAGGGGCCCUGAUUGAGCCCAACCGUGUGGAAACAGUGAGCCGCCUGUCACUUUUCAUCUUGAUGGAACAAAGGCCCUCCAUUCACAGAGAUGCUGCUUGACGUACAAGUUUGGCCCGUGGUGUUGUGUGAUGGUCGUAGAUACGCAAGUGUGUGCAAUGUUUAGUUUUCGCCCUGCAUGGGCUUGGUCACAGAAAUGUGACUGUAGGUUUAUGCUCACUCCUUGAGUUCAAUUCUAAACUUUUAUCAAAGGGGACAAUUAUUGCCUUGCAUGAGGCAUGAGAACAGGAUAAAUACAUCACCACAACAUACAAUUUCUUUUUUUCUGAGAUGCAAAUGAAACUGAAUGAAAAGAACGUGAAUUUCCGGGCUGUCAAUGCAUUGGACUUUAUUUCUGUUUAACUCAAUCCAUCAAUAUGAAAUGGCCAUUGCAGCUCAAAUAUAGUAACUGCUGCAGCCUCAUCAAAACAAUCAAAUAUUGUUUCACUCCCACAUCCGACCAGCUGCAUCAUGGCAGUUAUCAAAGAUGAGGCUGUAGUCGGUGCCUCCAGCUUUGACGAAAUCAGAGACCGUCUUACUCCCUUUAAAGUUUUUGGUUUCAACUUUCUGCAAAAAGUGUUAAAAAACAAUGUUUUAAUCUGAACGACUGUGUAUUUGCCAUUACAGAGUCAUUUCAAUAAAAGAUGCUUAUGAAAGAAA